AUGUCACUGGAAGAGAUUGCCGAGCUCUAUCACAGAUAUGUGAAUACGCUCCAGAUUUUCUGCCCACGCAAGGACAUGUUAGGGGGAGUGGGAUGGGGCUGGUAUGUGUGUACCGGCUUCUCAACCAAUGACAAAUGUUUGGUUUACGUUGUCACUGAUGAAGAAGAGGACAGACUCUUGACACAGGACAUCAACCAAGUGUUUAAAUGUGGAAGAAGACAAAUACAAUCAAAUGCCCUUAAGGAAGAAUUAAAACUACAGAACCCUAAAGCCGCCACACCUCUCACAGACGCCAUUACUCAGAAGGAAAGAGUCGAUGUCCUUCUGAUCGAGGGAAAGGAUGCCGACUACAUAGUACAGGAACUUCUGCGACGCAAUGUUUUACGUCAUGUCGACCAGCUGUCUGUAGUGUUGAACACAGUGAACAAUGCCACAUCAGUAUCCGACUAUCAAAAACAAAUACUCCUGUUCAAAGCUCUUCACCAGGAGGGAUUCAGGAUCUUCCAUUUUGAAAGAGAUCCAAAUCAUGUUUUCUCUAAUAACCCCUGGCGGACAGGAUGUUACACAGUUUGUAUGAUGAGGGAGAGAGAGGUGGAACCCCCGAUAGCUGUACCCGAACCAAAGAGUUUGGAAGCAAUGGAUGAUCGCACACUGGUCAACACUUACUUCAGUUUUGUGAUGUCGAAUGAAGUUCUGUGUAAGGAAAUUUUAAGGGUUGGUGACAUUGACGAUGGUGGCUGGGAUGUUUGUGUCGAUGACAAAUACAGACCGUCCUCGCCAUGUCUAGUCUACUCAUUCGGUAUUGGACUGGAGGAUCAGCGACGGUCUAAAUUGCAAUGGUUUCACAAUCUCGGCUUGUCGGACAAGAAUAGCACCAUAACGAGGAAAAACAUUAAAUGGAAAAUGAUGGAUUUGAAAUCAAUCCGUACCUCGUUAGGACAUAAUGAUCGCCAAAUCGACAUUUUAAAAAUGGACAUUGAGGGGUCGGAAUGGUUAGCCGUCCCCAAUAUCCUGGAAACUGGAAUCUUAAAUCACGUCAAACAACUGUACUUGGAAAUCCAUGUAUCCGUUAACAAUAGACGAGCUCGUGACUGGAUCCCAAAAUUAGAUCUGCUCCGACAGUUACAUGAUGUAGGAUUCCGACUUUUCUGGUCUCACCCCAACCAAGUUCAUUAUAAUACCGCCAUAUCGAUUUACACCAAGCGGCACGUGUCAUCCUGUUAUGAACUUUAUUACGUUAACAUAAAUUUAUGA